AUGAGUGGCGUGUUGCGUCGCGGAUCCUUGAAUUUUGAUCGUCAUGGCUCGCGCGGUAGCCUUGAUGGCAACCUCAGCGACGAAACAAAGCAAGUGCCGCGAACUCCGGAAGUUAGUGUCAUAGCUUUGGACUUCCGGCGCCACUCUAAUGAUCUGAAGAAGGACGUGCGGGAAAACGAAAACAGUGAUGUGUCGCCCAGGGACUUGAGUCAGGACAUUGACAGCGAUGUGAUAUCAAACUUUAUUGGACACUAUAGGAAAUGGAGUUUCUUGUGGACGUUCAUUUUGUGCCUGUUCCAGGUUCCCACCACCUUUCAUUUGUUUAUGCAUGUGUUUUAUACCACCGAUAAGGACUUCUGGUGUGCGCGUCCCCCCCACUUGAUGAAUGUGAGUGUCUUCGAGUGGCGCAAUCGGAGUCAGACAGGGAAUGGUUGCAGUCUUCUCAACAUUGACUACAACGAGGUGGCCUUUGACAAUGGCCAGUGGCUUAAUUGGCCAGAGAACUCUAGCAACGCUGGCUAUGUAAAAUGCCCGGAAUUUGAAUUUAGCGACGUGGAUGGCGUUGCCCAGACAUUGGUGCAGGAAUUUGGACUGGUCUGUGAUCGUCAAACCAUGGGAAGCGUUGUAGAGAUGUGCUUCUUGGCUGGAGCAGCUGUGGGCGCUGUAUUGAGUGGUUGGAUCUCGGAUCGCUUCGGUCGCCGGCACACGCUCAUGAUCUUUGCCACAAUACAAACAUUUGUUGGGGGACUGUUAGCCUUUUCAAGGUCGCUGACCAUGUACAUGUCCUUACGGGUCAUUGAUGGAUUCGCUUGCAUGACCGUGACCGUGGUUGGCUUCGUGCUUGUGGUCGAGUUAGUAUCCGGAAAAUGGCGGACUAUUAUCGGUAUACUAAACAUACUGCCUGUGGCUAUAUCCUAUGUCCUAGCAAGUGGUCUUGCCUACUUGAUACGGGACUGGCGCACUUUGCAAAACGUUAUAUCUUGGCCUUUCCUGGCUUUACUUUGCAUUUGGUACUGGCUGCCGGAAUCACCUCGUUGGCUGCUUGCCCAGGGUCGUAUAGAAGAGCUGGUCCUGCUCAUUCGGCGAGCAGCUAGAAUGAAUGGCACCAGCUUGCCCGAUAAUUUUGAGAAAACCCUCGAGGCAGCUGUACCCGUCAGUGCGGCAGAGAAUGGCAAUUGCUCGGAAGGCGAUUGCACUGCUGCCCAACCGAAUCCCCUUUUCGUCGUGUUCAAUAAACAAUACCUCCGCACCACUUUACUGACCUUAUUAAUAUGGUUGAACCUAAUUAUUAUUUACUUUGGCCUGACCCUGCACCUUAACAAUCUUGGUGGGCAUGUUUAUGAGAAUAAUGCUAUAGCGGGUUCGCUGGAGGCCGUUUCGAUCUGCAUCAGCAUUUUUGUGGUGUUGAAGUUUGGAAUAAGACGAAGCCUGAUUGCCUAUAUGCUGAUACCGGGUCUUUGCUGUCUGGGCACAAACUUAGUGCCCCAUGGAAGUGACAGUAGUCCCGGUGUUAUUGCCUUGGCCAUUAUAGCUAAAUGCUUGAUCGGUGCCAAUAAUGCCAUCAUUCCAACCUAUACGGCCAUGCAAUAUCCAACUGUAGUGCGAAAUUUUGGAUUGGGCAUGGGUAAUAUGGCGUCGGGUGUAGGUCUGAUUCUGGUUCCUUAUGUGUGGCUCUUGGAACGAUAUGAUUCACUUUUGCCAUUAAACAUUAUGGGUGUAUGCGGUAUAAUCGGCGCUGUUGCGAUUCUGUUGAUGAAGGAUGUGAACUAGCCGGCCCUAUAGUUUGCCUGCGUGACUGUGAUAUAUCGGAUAUUGUCUGGGUGCUAUGUACUACAAAAAGUUUUCUUUUCAUUCACUCUAAAUUUGUUAAUUUAUUUUGCAUACUGUUCUUGUUAUAUAAUAAACUAUUUACAUCUUUAUUAAGCAA